GUGAUUGUGUGGCUUUGCUACUGUGAGAAAAAGUGAAAGGAGGGACAGUCUGCCAGUGGAUUCAGGUGCAGAUGCGGCGGGCCAUGAGCGGAAUACUGAAGAGGAAAUUUGAGGAGGUGGAAGCCACCUCCUCCCCAUGCUCUUCCUUGCGGGAGUCUGAUGAUGAGGUCUCCUGCAGUGAAAGUGGGGAUAGCAGCGACAGUGUCAACCCCUCUGCCUCGGGCCCUUUCACCCCUGAAUCAAUAUUGAAGAGGGAGAAGCGCCUGCGGACGAGGAGGGUGCAUUUUGAGAAUGUGACAGUGUACUACUUCAGCCGACGGCAGGGCUUCACCAGUGUGCCCAGCCAGGGAGGCAGCACGCUGGGCAUGUCCAACAGGCACAGCUGGGUCAGGCAGUACUCCCUGGGUGAAUUCGCACUGGAGCAGGAAAGGAUCCACAGAGACAUGCUCAGAGACCACCUGAAGGAGGAGAAACUCAACUCAAUCAAACUCAAGCUGACUAAGAAUGGCACAGUGGAGUCUGAAGAGGCCAACACGCUCACGGCAGAGGACAUUUCUGACGAUGACAUCGAUCUGGACAACACAGAGGUAGACGAGUACUUCUUCCUGCAGCCGCUUACCACUAAGAAGCGCCGGGCACUGCUGCGCUCCUCUGGGGUAAAGAAGAUUGACGUGGAAGAGAAACAUGAACUGCGGGCCAUCCGGAUGUCCAGAGAGGACUGUGGCUGUGAUUGCAGAGUCUUCUGUGACCCAGAGACUUGUGCCUGCAGCAUUGCCGGGAUCAAGUGCCAGGUGGACCGUAUGUCAUUUCCAUGUGGUUGCACAAAAGAGGGCUGCAGCAACUCAGCUGGGAGAGUGGAGUUUAAUCCCAUCCGAGUUCGGACCCAUUUCUUGCACACCAUAAUGAAGCUUGAACUGGAGAAGAGUCGUGAGCAGCAGCAGGCGUCCCCCACUAACGGUUACCGUAGUGAAACUAACGACCUGGGAAGCGGAAACCCCCUGGUUCAAUCCCAGCACAGGUUGGAAUACUCUCUGUCGGACGCUGUUCCACAGACGGCCGGCAUGCACCUGCAGAAUGCAGACGAGAUGGAGGAGCCGCUAGAUGACGAGGAAGAGGAUGAAGAAGACGAGGAGGAAGAGGAAGAGGAAAAUGAAGAAGAUGAGGAAGAUGAGGAAGAUAGUAGCAGUGUUUGCAGCGGACUGUCUGACUCCAGCACACAGAGCUUAGCUAACAGCGACUCGGAGGAUGAGGAGGAGGACGAUGAGGAUGAAGAGAAGUCUGAGAACUUUGAGGACGACGUGACGACCCAGUCAGUGUCUCAUUCUGAGGUGGUCCCUUUGUCCUCUGUGCUGUGUUACAGUGAUGGCUCUGUGGCACAUGAUGCCCACAUGAAUGGAAAUACGUAUUUAAUGAACUCUUCUUCAGCCGAGUAUUAUCAGCUGGGGAGCUCCAGUGCCAUCUCAAAUGGCCAAACCAGCCAACCCAGUGAACCCUAUGGGGAAGCCUUAGCAUUCCAAGAUCCAGGCAGCACGGCCAAUGGCAGCAUGGCCAAUGGCAGCAUGGCCCAAGGACCAUUCAACAUGACGGCUGAGCGGUACUCAGACUACUCCAAUCAGGCUGAAGAACAAUACACAGCUAAUCACCAUUUCACUCUUACCAAUGGUGCUCCAGCUGCCCCUUUGACCUGCUACACACCCGAUCAGGAGAAGAAGGUGUUGUCCAAAGCAGCAUUUGUGGAGCAGCCUGAAAGCCAGAACCAGACACAGUUUCAAAACUACCUGAACAAUAAUACCCAGAGUUCCUACAGCAGUCGCAGCUCAUGUAUGUCAGCUGAACAGCCACAGCAAGAGACCAGUGUUAAUAGACAUUCUGACCUGACCUUACUAGCAAACACUACUAAGAACCUCCCUUUACCAGACCAUUGCCCGGAGGUCACAGCCAUUUAGUGGGCCAAACGUUCUGAAGUGUUCUUUCAUUAUUGCGUCUUUUCUUGAGCCUGACCAAGUGGUAUUUUAAGGGAACAUUAUCGUCACCUUUUUGAAUGAUCUGACCUUAAAUUUCAAAGCAAUUUACAGCCCCAUAGUACAUUUUCAUCUGUAAUUAUAAAGCCACAGGUUCAUGAUGGAAAUGGUUUUGAGGAACUGUUCGCUCCUGAAGGUUUCUCCGCUACAGUGUGUGCUUAACUGCAAUAUGGGAAGAUCAGAAACACAUCAAAACAUCAGUUAUGUCAUGCUGUGCAAUGUAUCUUGUAAUUUCAGAUGUAAAGUUCUAGUUUUAAGCAGAUAUUGUACUGUAGAUUGAACUUUUCUAUGUCUACUGUAUGUGUCAAAUGUGCAAAAAGGUUUAUUGUCAGUUUAUUUAUUGUUU